CGCGGUUUGCGUCUGGAGCGGCUCCUUGGAGUCCACAGCAUCCACCGCCGGAGCCUCGCCUUCCUUUCUCCCUCUGCAGACAGAUCGAGACACAAAAAGAGAGGCAACCAACCCCUAGACCAGGGAGAGGGACCCAGCCGCACCAUGACCGAAACCACCAAGACCCACGUUAUCUUGCUGGCCUGCGGCAGCUUCAAUCCCAUCACCAAAGGGCACAUUCAGAUGUUCGAAAGAGCCAGGGAUUAUCUGCACAAAACUGGAAGGUUUAUUGUGAUUGGCGGGAUCGUCUCCCCGGUCCACGACUCCUAUGGAAAACAGGGCCUCGUGUCUAGUCGACACCGCCUCAUCAUGUGUCAGCUGGCCGUCCAGAACUCCGACUGGAUCAGGGUGGACCCGUGGGAGUGCUACCAGGACACCUGGCAGACGACAUGCAGUGUGUUGGAACACCAUCGGGACCUCAUGAAGAGGGUGACCGGUUGCAUCCUCUCCAAUGUCAACACACCUUCUAUGACACCUGUGAUCGGACAGCCCCAACAUGAGACCCCCCAGCCCAUUUACCAGAACAACAACAACGUGCCCGCCAAGCCCACUGCAGCCAAGAUCUUGGGGAAGGUGGGAGAAAGCCUCAGCCGGAUCUGCUGUGUCCGCCCACCCGUGGAGCGCUUCACCUUCGUAGAUGAGAACGCCAAUCUGGGCACCGUGAUGCGGUACGAGGAGAUAGAGCUGCGGAUCUUGCUGCUGUGUGGCAGUGACCUGCUGGAGUCCUUCUGCAUCCCAGGGCUCUGGAACGAGGCAGAUAUGGAGGUCAUAGUUGGGGACUUUGGGAUUGUGGUGGUGCCUCGGGAUGCUGCUGACACAGAUCGAAUCAUGAAUCACUCCUCAAUACUCCGCAAAUAUAAAAACAACAUCAUGGUGGUGAAGGAUGACAUCAACCAUCCCAUGUCUGUUGUCAGUUCAACCAAGAGCAGGCUGGCCCUGCAGCAUGGGGACGGCCAUGUUGUGGAUUACCUGUCCCAGCCAGUCAUCGACUACAUUCUCAAGAGCCAGCUGUACAUCAACGCCUCUGGCUAGCAGCCGCACAGCUCUCUGCUCCACCCUCCCCUCGUCCUCUACGACACACGGGCCCCACCAGUCUCUGUCAGUCCCCUGGUUUCUCUCCUGCCUCUCUGUUUCUCUGCAUUUUCAUUUUGACUGUUCUCCGCACUCGCUGACUUAACCCCCCACAGUGUGGGGGACCUGCAAAGAACCAUGGCAUUCCCAAGUCCACCAUCUUUGGACUAACUUUCCUCUAGUCUCUGGGUUGGGGGUGGGUGAGGGGAAAGGGUGGGAGUUGGGGGAAGUGCAGUCCUUGGAGAUGUACUGGCGUCUGUCUCCCAGCAUGCUCUAGAGAGGCGGCUCUGGUGCCCAUCCUCCCAGCAUGCUCUGGGGAGGCGGCUCUGGUGCCCAUCCUCCCAGCAUGCUCUGGGGAGGCGGCUCUGGUGCCCAUCCUCCCAGCAUGCUCUGGGGAGGCGGCUCUGGCUCUCUCCUUCCCAGCAUGCCCUUUACCACAAAGGGCUCAUUUUCUUUCUUUUUAUUGAUUUAUUUUUCUUCGUUGACUUCUUGUAGAACUUGGAUGAAAUCAGUGUCUAUGGUUCUUUAUGUUUGUAGUCUUGAUACAAUCCCGCGGUAUUACUUCCCUUUUGAUAGGACACUAUAGCCAGCCUCAGCACUCAGUGAGUGCACGGAGGGCCACAUCCAGUAGAGAAGACUGAGCCACCUCCGCUUCUCCAAAACACACACACACACACACACACACACACACACACACACACUAACAGCAGCAGCAGCAGCCGCCUUUGGUCUAGAGUGAGACUUUCAGGUUCUAAAACCUGGGAGCCAAGGCUGGGAAUAGUGGGGGUUUUCAGAACUUAAGUCUAUUCCUUAUUUUCAGACCAUUUUCCUGAUGGUCUUCUCACUUCCCAAUGGCAUCUGUACAUUGACUUAUGUGAGCUGUGGCCGAUGGCACUAUGUGGGUUCUCUGCCAGCCCAGGCAUUUCCAAAGAACCUUCAGAACCACUUAAGCCCUCGGAGACCAUGCUUAGACAUGUUCCUGCAUCUGAGAAGAAUCACACAGGCAAGGCCAAAUCCUGAUAAUCCAGUCAUUUCUUUAAAAAAAAGAAUGCUAGGAAUUCCUUCAACUGUAGAGAUCUUUGCUAAUUGGAAUUAUUUAUUACCCAUUUGGCUGGGAACUCUUUCGUAAUGUAAGUCCAGGAUGACCUAGGGGAAAGCACUCUGUUACCCUGAGGGAAUUCAGUGAUUUUCACCUACUUCAGCUGAGGCCACCAGACCUGAGGCUCAUUCCUUCCUGAGAAGCAGUACCUUGGCUUUAUGUCUGGGCCUGGUCCUCUCUCCUGCAGAGCCCCACAGCUGCAGGUGCCACCUGAGGAAAUCUGCCUGACACAGGAACAGGUUCUCAGAAGAGAGAUCAUGGAGCGAUCAGGAGCCACUAAGCUAUUUCCCCCUUUUCUCCCUAAUUUCCCGCCUUCCUCUCUGCCCCUGGAAACAAUUUUGACAGACUUGUUCAACACCUCACUCAUGCCUGCUUAAAGAACUCAAAGGAAAUCACACUCAUGCUUUGUGUCUCUCAUCCAGUCUCUAGCUCUGGGUUUCUCGUUGUCUUUGAGGAAGGGUCCCCAAGUAUUGUAUACUUUGAUCCAAAUCUAUUCUGAGUUAUGCCCCAGGUGGGACCUGAGUCUAGGGACAUGUUUCAUGUCUACAGUACCCUUCAGUUGCCUCCAAGAAAAGGAAAUGGAUUCCACAGAGGAAUGUGACAGAGUGGCACCCAGAGGAGGUGUAUUGCUCUUGAAUUAUGGAAAUAACCUUCAAAGGAAGAAAGGGAAAUAUUGUUCAUGUCUCUUGGGUUAGGAACCAUGGAAUGAGAAACUGAAAAAACAACAGAACUCAUGUGCUCCAACACUUUCCUCUAUAAGAUGAGGACGCAGAGAUCUAUGGGAUUGGUGCCUAGUCCAAGGUCACACGACAAGUGCAGAGCCUGAUGAGAGGACGUCGACUCCUGACACAGACGAAAACAUGGAGCUGAGUGUCCUGGGGUAGCAUGGCAUUUUCAAGGACCUGAAGUUUAUGGACAGUUUACGAGGACGCACACGAGCAGACCUGAGAAAGACAGGAUUCCUUUUGUUCCUUUGGUCCACUCUGUUAUUCUGCUGGACUCUGGUCAAACCCCAUCAAGUCGACAACUCAAAAGAAGGAACCAGGCUGACUCUGUACCCUCCGUGUGGGGGCAGGAGGACAUGUGGGAAUGGGAGGGAGAGUGAGAUGCACCAAGGAAAAGAACAGGUACAGGAGAAGUAGAUUUCUAGGAAGCAGAUGGAGCAGGUUACAUCUUGGUAUGGCGCAGGGGUUGUGUUAAAAAUCGCUUUCCUUUAAUGAAAGCAAAGUGAAUCCCCUUUCAGGUAGAAUUGUCCAUUCCCUACUCUGCUCUGUUCUUCCUUUGCUGGGGGAAGAUCAGAGAACCUUUCUGAGGCCAGGACAGGACACUGUGACUGCAACCCAGUCACAGCCACCACCAGAAAGAUGGAGUUUCAAGUGACACCCCAGGCAUCGACAGGAUAACUGCUAAACCCCCGACUUUCCUUCUAGGAGUGGUCCUUCCUAUAAAGACCAACCCAAGGUACUAUGGCAUGGCUCAGAGAUAGUGAGAAAGUCAGAGGCUGGAUUAAUCGUAUCUAGAGGGAUCUGGAGCCUCAUUUCCUGCUAUCAAUCAUCUGCGUCACUCACAUGUUUCUGAAAGUGGCUGAUGUCAGAACAGGCAGGAGGGAGACCAUUUGUUUCAAUGACUCUCUCCUCAAGGAAUGGGCCCUUGGGGGCUCUGUGCUGCUAGCAGUCUCCUUAGUCUCAUACUCCCCAGCCCCAGGCAGCCUCUGGGCUACUGGCUUUGGUUUUCCUUGAAUGUACAUCAGACCAGGAGGAAAGUCUCUUUCUGAAGUGCCUGCAACCAGAGAUGGAGCUUCUAGAGACACUGAUCUUCCUGUCUCAGAUUGGCCCGCUUCCCCAGUGUGCUCUAAAAGCUCCAGCUUCUCAGACAGAAUCAAAGAACUUGCCGGUGGAACGAGUAGAAAGUAAGACUCAAUAAUCAAAUGACAGAAAAAGGCAGAGAAUGACAGGGAGAAAUUUGUACUACAACCCAAAUCUGCUCUUCCCCAGAUGGAUAUACAGACACAUUUUUAGGGGACUAAGAGAGAAAAGCAUGUUAUCGUGUAUGUUUUAUUUACCAAAAGAGUAAUGCAGAAACACAACCGUCAAGUAUGAAAAGCUCAGGAUCUCUCCCAAGGUUAUGGCAGGAGAAGAUGGGAACAAGGUGAGAUGGGAAGGAUGGAAACAGGGACUGAUUUUGUAGCUCAUAAAAUUAGGACACCUUAGAAAUAGCAUCGUGGUGGUGAUGAUGCAUCUGCCAAAUUCACCCAGUCUGCACUUUCCCGUAGCUGCCCUGUAAACUAACUCUUCCUGUGGUUUCUUUGUCGCGUGAGUUUGGAGUGUCCGUUUCGUCUGCUCCAGUUGAUAAGGAGUGAGGUGCAGCUCUUUCCCGCCACUUUCGAUCUAGUCGCAGGCCCAGAGCUCAGCCCGAUCCUCGUGGUCUUGAGGAUUGGUAUGGGGAGGAGGCAGCUUUUUUUUUUGGAAUCACUUUUUGGUCAUCUAUCUGCCAUUUUAAGGGUAAAUUUUGCUUUAUGGAAAUCAAAUCAUCAAUAAAAAUUACAUUCAAGUUGCAAUACCAUUUCCACAGUGAAAUAUUUUGAGUAAAAUUUUGUUGCUAGAAUAGUCAUGGACAAGAGUUUUAUCAGCAAAAUGUUUCAAUUAUGUUAAUAAAUAAGACAAUGCUA